UUAAAAUCACUUUUGGUUUUGCCUCUGAUGAGAUUAGUUUUUAAAUAUAUAUACAGUAUAAUAUUAAUAAUUUAAUUAAAUGGUACUUGGUUAAUAAUGGUUUCUAUUACCAUUAUCUACAUUUUCCUCUCAGUGGUGGGAAUAAUUUUCUUUUAUAUCAAAUGGAAACAGUCCUACUGGAGUCGUAGAGGUGUUAACUAUAUAGAACCAGAUUUCUUUUUCGGAAAUACAACAGCUAUAACUAAACGCAAAGAACACAGAAACAAAGUAUAUCGAAGUUUUUACCAUUACUUCAAAUCGAGAGGAGAAAAAUUUGGUGGCGUCUAUGAUUUCUUAUCACCUGUACUUAUCCUUACCGAUCAGAAACUGAUCAAAAACGUUCUACAGAAGGAUUUUUCACAUUUUGUUAACCACGUAGGUUAUAUUAACGAAGAUGCCGACGCUAUAACUGGAAAUUUAUUUAACUUGAAAGACGGAAAAUGGAAGGAUAUCAGAUCAAAGCUGACACCAACAUUUACAACAGGAAAAAUUAAAAUGAUGUUCGAAACCAUGACAGAAUGCGUCAAAGGCUUAGAAAAAUUAUUAGACGAAAAUGCCGCUCUAAACGAUCCCGUAGACAUUAAAAAAUAUUUGUUGUUGUUUACUUCCGACAUUAUAGCGUCUGUAGCGUUUGGCCUGGACAUAAACAGCCUGAAAAACCCUAAGAAUGAUUUUAGAAAAGAAUUCGCAAACAUUUUUCAACCGUCGGUCAAACUUCUAGUCAAAAAAUUUAUAUCCGAUAAUUUCCCGCGAUGGCUGCUGGUUGCUCUAAAUUUCAGACUAACCAGGAAAGAAACAGAAUUAUUUUUUAUAGAACUCGUCAAAGAUAUUGUCGAGAACAGAGAAAAGAAUAACAUAUAUCGAAAAGAUUUUAUGCAUCAAUUAAUUCAAAUUAAAAACACUGGAGAAACUACAGAUAAUGAAAAUCUUAAUUCGAAAAGUACCAUGAAGCACUUGUCGUACGGUGAAAUGGCUGCUCAAGCCAUUACAUUUUAUGUCGCUGGAUAUGAGACGUCUACUACAACAGUAUCAUUUGCCUUAUUGGAACUAGCUCUUCAUAUUGACAUUCAAAAUCGGCUUAGAGAAGAAAUUCAAUCAGUAAUGAAAAGACAUAAUAAUCAAAUAACGUAUGAUGGUAUCAUGGAGAUGGAAUAUUUGGAUAUGGUAUUUCAAGAAAGCUUACGUAAGAAUUCCACAGCUUCAGUCCUUACAAGAGAAUGCAACAAAGCGUAUCCAAUUCCUGGCAGCGAUGUUGUUAUUGAACCCGGCACAGAAGUGGUGAUAUCAAUUCAUGGACUUCACAAUGAUCCAGAAUAUUUCCCUGAACCCAACGUAUUCGAUCCUGAACGAUUUAAUAAAGACAAUAAGAAAAAAAUACCGCCUUAUGCGUAUUUGCCGUUUGGAGAAGGACCCCGAUCCUGUAUAGGUUCAAGAUUUGGCAAAAUACAAUCGAAGGUCGGUUUGGUAGCCAUAAUAUCGAGAUACAAUGUUACUCUGAACGAAAAAACUCAGUUACCUAUCAAACUUACAUCAAAUAGAAUACCAACCAUUGAAGGAGGAUUAUGGCUUAAUUUGGAAAAGAUUUAACAUUAAAAUCAAAUCCCUUAAUGUAUUGUUUCAGAAGUUAAAAUGGUUUAAGAAUAAUUUAUUGUUUUAAAAAGUAUAUAGGAAUAAUGGAUAUAUUAUUUAA